AUGGGUGCCAAGAGGAAGACCGCAGUUCCUCAAAACGCAAGUUGUUUCAACUAUCUUUGCGACUUCGAAGCCGAAUUACUGCUGCCACGUGUGCGCGAAUUUCAGGAUUUUCUGACUGUUCAAGUGCUCGACGCCGCGCCACUAUUGCUGUCCAGAGGACAAUUAGAAAGGGAACAAGACUAUGGCCGUAAUAUGUCUCUGUUGCGGCAGCUGAGUGCGUUGACGCCAGUAGAACUCGCUGAUGUCUCGGACGACGCUGUGCCUCUGCCGGUAGCACUGCGUGAAAUAAAUGGUGAGGGUACAACUUCUAGUACUGG